GUGCGCCGGCCUCGCAAAUCACAUGACGAACGUAGACGCCGCUGGGAGCGGAAAUGAAGUUGUGUGACGUCAGCGCGUUGCCGUAAAGCGCCAGGUUCGCGUUCGCACGUUUGACGGACAAUUAGCACAAUGGAUAUUCGUCCGAAUCACACGAUUUACAUCAACAACUUGAAUGAUAAAGUAAAGAAGCAAGAACUGAAGAGAUCCCUGUAUGCGCUUUUCUCACAGUUUGGCCAUGUAAUGGAUAUUGUGGCCUUGAAGACCAUGAAGAUGAGAGGACAAGCCUUCGUAAUUUUUAAGGAACUUGGCUCGGCCACCAACGCGUUGCGGCAAUUGCAAGGAUUUCCUUUUUACGAUAAGCCAAUACGCAUUCAAUAUGCAAAGACGGAUUCUGAUUUGAUAUCAAAGAUGCGAGGAACCUUUGGAGAUAAGGAGAAGAAGAAAGACAAGAAAAAGAACAAACCUCAAGAACUAACAGCUAAUGCCACAAAUAAGAAGCCAACACAGACUCCAGAAACAGAAAGCAUGUCACCAGGAGGAGCACAGAACCAACAGGUCCCUGAUAACCCUCCAAACUACAUCCUGUUCUUGAAUAAUCUCCCUGAAGAAACCAAUGAGAUGAUGCUUUCCAUGUUGUUUAAUCAGUUUCCUGGCUUCAAAGAAGUGCGUCUGGUUCCUGGAAGGCAUGAUAUUUCCUUUGUAGAGUUUGAAAACGAGACCCAGGCCGGGUCCGCACGAGAUGCUCUUCAAGGAUUUAAGAUUACACCGUCUCAUGCUAUGAAGAUCACAUACGCCAAGAAAUAAAAACAUUCCCAUUGCUGGACUUAUUUAUAACUUUUUUUUGGGUUUGUUCUUGUUUCAAAGACUGUACCACUUGUGCUCACUUAUAAAGAAGAAACCAUAUCCACCAUCCAUUCAGAUUCUAAUUUUGUACAAAUAAAUGUUUCUUUUAA